UGCGUGCGCGUAAAAAGUUGAAACAAAGAGAGUCUGCUCCACAGUUUAUCAGUCUCAUGGGGAUCUUACAUCUCAACAAGGUCUAACCCAAGUGAAUGACACAAGUUUACACACCUGGUGGCAAUUAUAGUCAGGCGAACGGCAGUUUGAGACCGUUAUAUGUGUAUGUUAGCGACUCCUGGUCGGGACCCCUGGUUUUGGGUUUGGGGGGCAGUGCUAAAUUCAAAUCUGCUCUGUCUUUAACACACGCCUCAUUUCAGCCCCGCCAGUCCACACAGAGGUUUGUGCCGAGAGGAUGAACACGGCCGAUGCUGUUCAGAGAACCAGAGUCGCCGUGUUCACUUUGAGGAGAUAUGAUGCGGCUCAGUAGACAUGAUGGAUGCAAUAGACUCCAUUGAUCCAUACAGCCGACCAGCGCGCAGGACACAAUGGAUAGUCAGCACUCUGGCUUACCAUUACGGACUGGACCGGGGAGUGGAGAACGAAAUUAUAGUUUUGGCCACCGGGUUGGAUCAGUACCUGCAGGAGAUUUUCCAUCACAUGGACUAUCAAGGUGGAGGCAAAAUCCCCGUGGAGGACUUUAACAUCCUGUGUGAAGUUUUGGGACUGAACAAAGACUCGGAGGAAUGCGCCGGAGUUUUAGAUCAUUUACCCAGCGAGCUCACCUUCAGACACUUCCACGCCAAACUGUGCGGAUACUUCAGCACCAAGGCGGGGUGUCAGUAUGAGAACGGCCGGCUGCUGGUCGGGAAGGACAGCGAACACAUAGAGACUCAGAUCCGCCUGAGAAGCCCUCUGAGGCGGCGAGAGAAGCUGCUGUCUGUGGGUCCCUCCACGGAGGGACGACACGCCUCCGGCUGCAGGCUCGGAUCCUGCACUAAAGAGUGCUAUGAGGAGAUAGUGGCUCUGGAGGAAGCAGAGGACCGAAUAUCGAAACUGGAAGACGAGAAUGCGAGUUUGAGGGAGCUGAUUGAGGACAUGCGAGCCGCGCUUCAGAGCAGUGAUGCCCGCUGUUUGGCUCUGCAGGUAGGACUAUGGAAAAGCCACUCCAAACAUAAACCAGAGGAAGGCUGUUUUGUAGCCCACCAGAAACAAGCUGGUCAGAAAAAUAUGAGCAGUGCCAGCCUGAAAAGCAGCACCUACAGCAACCUGAAGAGCCUGCAGAACAUUAUCCAUGAGAUAGAGCUGCUGCGGAGCUCCAGAGACCGACAGGUAGAGGAGGCCAUGCUGUGUAAUCAGAGACUGGAACAGGAACUGUGGAGCUCUAAAGAGACUGUGGCCGCUUUGGAGGACUGCAACCAAGCCCUAAAGAGGGAGCAGGUGACCAUGAGGAGGAAAGUGGAGGAGGCCAGGCAGGCGCUGCUCAGUGGCCUGGGUAAGGUUAAGGAACUGGAAACCAAGGCCAGUCAUGUGCCGGCCCUGCAGAGACACAUCCUCCAGCUGGAAUCAGAACUCCUCUACUACAGGUCGGAGGUGUCCAAACUACAGCUCCCAAGCAGCACCAGGACAGAGCAGCAGAUGAGUGUUGGCAGCAGGCCCGGUCAGAGAUGUUGCUCAGACUCCCAACAUGACCGCUGCUCUCCGACAGGGCGUGCUGUGACGACCCCGGAUAAGAUGGAGGAGCAGCUGUUUCGUUCGGUGGAGGGCCAGGCGGCCUCUGACGAGGAGGAGGACAAGUGGACCGGAGAUCAGCAGAGGCAGGUGGACGAGGUGAAGAGGAUCCUGACCAGGCUGUCCUGCUGUGGGGAGAGGUGCGAUGACAAGGCGUUCAAGAAGCUGAUGUCAAAUUUCGGGAGCUCGAGGAGCGAGGAGAGCUGCAGCGCUGUGGUGGAGCUCCUGGAGAGGGUGACCAGGUUGCAUAAGCAACUGGAGCUGAAGGAGAGCCAGGCAGAGAUAGACAUGGACCAGAUGAAGGACUCUCUGGUGCAAGAGCUGCAGCAGAAGGCGGAGGAGACAGAGCUGCUUCAGAUGGAGCUGCAGAUGCUGGAGACGGAGAGAGUCCGUCUGUCACUGGUGGAGGAGAAACUCGUGGACAUCUUGCAGCUCCUCCAGCAGCUCAGAGACUUGAAUGUCUCGCGGCGGUCUCUUGGGAAAAUCUUGCUCAGCACUUUGGAGUCUUGCAGUGACCCACAGCACGGGAAGGCCCACAUUCUGGAGGUGCUCAACGCUCUCUAUCAUGAACUGGCUGCCUGUGAGAUUCUGUCUACUGGUGGACCUCUGGAGCGAACACAGAGUCAGCAGUCUCUGAACGCCCUCGUCAUCACCUGCUAAUCAAGACUGCCUCCUGCUGGGCCAGAGAUGCUCCAACAUCUUGUGGAGGACAGAAAGCUUAACAGCGGUCCAAAAGCAAGCCCAUUGAUGUGUAUAGUGUAUUAUACAGUAGCUUAUAUACUCCUGAGACCCUAUUAUCUAUAAAGGAAUAUUAGUCUAGAAUGUUAAUUAGUAUAGCAAAGGGCUUAUAACACUUAAAGGAAAUUUGUGCUUAUACAUGUUUUCUCUACAUCUUUUAUUGCACAUAACUCUUUUGUGAUCCAAUAUGGAUUUUUAUUUUUUCCCACAACAAAGUUCUAAAUGUGAAAAUGUUGAAAUAAGCUAAACCUUAAAGGGGCAUCAAGUAGUCUGUGAAAUGUAUCCACCUCCACUGAUGAACAGGUCGACAUCCCUGAUAGAACUAAAAGAAAACUGUGUUUAAGUUUACAUGGUUUAUUUGUCCAAGUCUGCAUUUCAAGCUCAGAUGUAUCAGACAAGUGCAGUUCAUGUUUGACCAAAUGUUGAGAACACAAUUGUUCUGAGGAUGCCUCAGUGUCGAUUAAAGGUCCAGUGUGUCAGAUUUAUGGGGCCCUAUUUACAGAAUAUGACACAAUAUGAAAUUGAAUACUAUGUUUUCAUUAGUGUAUAAUCACCUGAAAAUAAGAAUUUGUGUUUUUGUUACAUUGGAAUGAGUCUUUUAUUUCUACAGACACUACUCCUCCAAUCCUCUCUCACCACCAUGUUUAAUCACAAUGUUUGUACAGUAUUCCAGAAGAGACAAACUGAACACUGACUCUGAAGAGGGCCUUUUCUGUGUUUCAUGCCAAGAAAGGAGAAGGUGAAAUAAGGGGGUUGCGUUCCUCAACUACACCGUUAGAUGCCACAAAAUCCUACACACUGGACCUUUUAAUGGUGUGUUUAGGGGGUUCAUUGAUUAACAUCAGUAAUGUUAGGAAUCAUCAGCCAUUUUGUAUCUGUUUGGUAUAGAGUGUUGCAAGAAUAAGUCCUCAAACUUAGAAAUGAGUCAGCAUUUUUGCACUUCUGGUUCCCUCGUCAAAAAGUCAAUGAGUUUUUUGUUAGAUUCUCUAAAUGAGUUCUGUGGUUAAUACACGCUUAAGAGAAUUUUACAUAAAAUAUGUUGGUAAAUACCCCACGUGAAUUCUGAAGCUUGUACGUGUAAGAAAAGUGGUUGCUAACAAGUUGCUUAAGAAGACUAUGGAAGUUAGCGACCGUCAUGUUGAACACAAAAACGUAUCACCACUCCGCCUUUACAGCCUCGUUGUGUUUAUACUGACGCUCGUGAAAACUACUCAGAGAUUUUAAUUACAAGCUGACAUGAAUAAAUUACAAGCUUAGUGGUGACAUUAAAGUCAAGUGACUGUGGUGUAGUUUGUUUAUAGCCUAGUAUUAGCUUUUUACUACUGGCAAUUGCAUUGACGCUUCAAAGAAAUUGGUGUAUGAUAAACCUUUGUUUACCACAGAGUUUAUUUUCUGGAAUAAUGCAAAAAACCAGUAUUGGAUGGGGCGAUAUCAGUCUUUUGGGCCUUCAAAAUAUGUCAUCCCUGCAGCACUCUAUUAGCUCAUCUCUCAGUGAUAUUGUGCAUCGCAUGAAUUUAACAAUGAAAACGCUCUGCAAAUUGUAAAUACUGACAGUCACUAACUGAAGAUCGUGCUUGUUCCAAAUAUUUUGACCAUAUCAUCCGCAAGCGGAUGGAUAGGUAGUGUUUUUGAGAUGAGAUGAGAAUAACGGAAUGUUUGAACACCUACAUUUCCCUGACAACUGAGCAAAAUCCAUCUGCUGAUUGAGACCAUGUGAUAUGGGCAAAAGUUCAGAACAAGCAAGCGAGUGGACUUUGAUUUGAAUUUGUUUCUCGACUGCUGUUUCCAAGGUCAAGAAUAAAGCAUUCAGCUGUUGUUGGCAGCCUGCACCUGUUGUUAACUACAGGUUGUAAAUAAAUGCAGGUUUUAUGGGUUCAGUAUAUUUACCAUUAACCUGCUACACUGUUAGUCCAUGAUAUCGUAUGUUGAGGUUGACAGUAAACUCUGUUAUCACCACUGAUAUUUACUAGUUUGUCUGCCUGUUAAAGGCAACUUCCUGGUGCUGAAGUUGGAAACAAAAUGCCCAAAUGCAUCAUUUGUUUUGGUCUCUGUGAGCCUUGACCAUGCAGGCUUAGAUAAGUAUUCAGAUUUGUUAAAUAGUUGCUGUGUUCGAAUGAAGGUCUUGGAUGCAAAAAGCACUCACUGGUGUCACUGAAUCCUUCCAUUAAAGCCUUUGAUGUAUACAGUCU